UGGGCCCUGGCGGUUCCCCGCCAAAUUCUUAGCGGGAUUCGGCGAGUGGUCGCGGGGGUCUCCGCGGCGGCCGCCAUGGAGGGCGCGGAGCCGAGCCGCGGCCGCGGCGGAGACGCGGGGCAGGAGCAGCGCCAGCCGGAGGCCGUCGCCACGGCGGCGGGCGGCACCGUGGAGGUCUCGGGGGACCCCCUGGUGGCCGCGGAAGAGGCGGCGGAGGCCGAGACCCGUGCGUUAGCGCCCGGCCCCGAGGGAACCGGCGAGACCGCGCCCGCCUCCCGGGAGCCCCCGGACGAUGACCGGGAUCCCGGCCCUCCGGGGCGGCCUUCCGGCCGGCGGUCCUGGCGGCGGUCCAGCCUGAAGGGGACGUCCCGGCGGAAGUCGCUCCCUCCCUUUCACCGGGGCAUCACAGAGCUCAGCCGGGCCGUCGGCGAGGAGAUGGCGGCCGACGAGCGCCUGGGCCGGCUCCUCCUCUCCAGCUUCCAGUUCUCGGUCCUGCAGGUCGAGCCCCUCCUGAAGGAGCUGGAAGGCUUCGACCCGGAUGACUUCAAAGCCAAGGCGGCUUGGGCGACGGAGGAGUUCGCGCGCCACACGGAGCGACUGGAGCGCGACGGGACCCUGCGGAGGUGUUGCGAGCCGCGUCCGAGGUCGUCCCCCAACCUGGGCAUGGAAGCGGCGGUGGGCGAGAUGAAGGAGUUCAUAACCAGGUUCUCCUCCGAGUGUCAGGCGUGGGAUCGGUUGCUGCUGCACCACGAGGACACGGCCAGGGAGGCGUCGAGGCCCCGGGGGGAAGACCAAGUCGCGGCCGGUCCGGUGGACCCCGCCUCGUACCUGGAGACGUCGCAGAGCGAGGUCCUCGGCUCCAAGCCCGACUACGGCCAGAUCGUCAGCGGCCAGGGCCGCGUCUUCGACUGCGUGGAGCUGGUGAUGGACGAGCUGCAGGCGUCGGUGAGGCAGCUGCACGCCUUCAUGGACGACAGCACCCGGCUCCUCCAGAAGAUGUCCGGCCAGCUCGGAGCGGCGUACCGCAGUAGAUACGUGGGAGGCGAAGAACCGCGAGCCGUUGCCCGUCCGGCGGCGAGUUUCCGCUCUGAUGCGGGGUCGAGGACCUUUCGGCGACUGGACAGCUCCCCGGCCCGAAAACUGCUCGAGUCUCAGCCGCCAAAGGCCCCCCGAUGACGCCCCGAACUUCCUCGCGGACCCGUCGCCGGCCGGCGCGCCCCCCCGACCCGCUCCCUUCCUCCAAUAAACUUUAACUCGCCUCUUAUUA